GAUAUCCGUCAGGGAGCCUUGCGUGUUUGAAAAAAAAAAAAAAAUGAGGUACGAAGGGGUGGGGAAACGGCGAUACGAACGGUCGUCGACGCUCCUCCAUCAUCCUCAGGUUGGUGCUAACCGCACCAGUUCGGUCACAACUCGAGUUUAGAUCUCAGUCAGCAUUUGCGACUCACACGCGUGUGACAUACACUCAGUCGAUUAUUAUUAUUAUUAUUUUUAAUUUGAACAGUUCUCAUUCGUUUGAUUAUGCGGAGUAAUAAAAAAACGUCGACAAUUAUCGGGAGAUAUUGAUAAGAGGUCUUGUGAAUUCGGCAAAUUUGGACGGGAAGGGGGAGGGGAGAUCGAUAAGACCGGCGAAUUGAUAAGAUUUAUGGAACUGCAAUUACGAUUAUUUUGUCUUUGAAUUUAUUGGAGGCGACUUUCACUCGGCCUUUGUAAACUCGAUUGAACGAAUUAUUUUGGAAUCUAUUUAUUUAUAAAAUUUUGUAGACAUGCCGGAGUAGUCAGUGAUUAAUAAUGGGCGUUUUGUUGAUGGAUGAUAGUGCAUUGGUACAUGAUCACGGUAGUGUUAUGGUUGGUAAGCCAUCCAAUUUGGUUGGCAAAGGUGUUAAUGGGAGUAACAGUGACGUGAGGGGUAUUAACGAUAAUACGUCCGGGGGUGAGUCGAAGGGGCUUCCGAUGGUUGGAAUCAUUGACGUUGUCAGUGACGAGGGACGUUGGACAACACCUGCGCCUAAGAAAAAAUGGAUACGUCAUUAUCUUCUGGAGGAGGAUCCGCUCGACAUUAGCAGAACGAAUGGCAACCACUCGACAACCCUCCGAAGCAGUCCUAUCAUCUCACGUGGAGCACUUACAAAUCCAAAUACAACUCACACAAACAUUCAUCACGUUACAACUCAUCAUCAAAUUCAUCAUAAUAACCACAACAGUACAUCGCACAAUCAUUAUGUCGAUAAUCACAGUACAAAUCAUAAUCAGAGUACUACAGCGUCGGUUGUCGUCGACAUGGAUUCAUCGCAUGACAAUAAAAAACAUCGGAAUGGACCAUGUGUCAUAAGAUCUGGUACCCGAGAAGUUCACAAUAAACUUGAGAAAAACCGUCGUGCCCACCUGAAGGAGUGCUUCGAAAUGCUGAAGAAACAACUACCAGCUCAGGAUGAGAAAAAAUCAUCGAACCUGUCAAUCCUGCACGCAGCAAUAAGGCAUAUUCAGACGUUGAGGAGAAAAGAGAGAGAUUCUGAGCACGAGAUGGAGAGACUUGCGAGAGAGAAAAUAGCUGCUCAACAGAGGAUAGUUGCUUUGAAGAAAGAACUCUCUGCCACUUGGGAUCAUAUUGAUUUCAGUACAUUAUUGCAGGAACCAAGCUCAGCCAUUGAUCCAUUGCAAUGCAAAAAUGUUUCAGAGAGCAUGGACGUUGAUGUAUCAGGAUUGGCUCGCGGUGGUACACGAUACAGCAGUACCAGUAGUUUAAGUUCUGCAGCAACAGCAAGCUCCCCCCAGAAUCAUCAAACAACAAGUACAACACCAUCAAUUCACAAUCAAGUAGCAACAGCAGCUGUUGUAUGCCAAACCCAGGGAUUAAAUCUUGCUCAGAAUUCACGUGAGAGUCCACCAGCGAGUUCCAGUCCUGGUGCAUCAACACCAAGUAUUCCAACACCAGCACAAGAAAAAGUAACAUCACCACCGGUUGUUCAACAAUCUCAUCAAUUGCAUCUACCAAUAAGUGCACAGAUGUUGAAUACAACUCAGGGCUUAGCAACAAUAGUACCAACACUUCAGCAUCUUGGAUCUGGUCUUCGUGUUAUACCUGGUGAUACUAGGCAAUUGUUGGUGACACACACAACUGGUAACAGUGAAACACGACCACUGACACUGGCUGUACAAAAUUCAGGGGAACAGGGAAGACCACUCAUUGCUGUACAAUCGACAACUGGAAGUGAGCCAAGACCAGUUGCACUUGUUGUACAUUCAUCAGCAGCUAAUGACAACCGUGUGACAUUUGUGCACUCCAAUUUGUCGAAUCAGGAGAGACCACUUGCACUUGCUGUACAAUCAUCAGCUAGUGAUGUAAGACCUGUUACUUUUGUACAUUCUGGGAAUGAUGCAAGGCCGCUUGUACUUGCUACACAUCCACCACCACUCAAUGUCACUACACAAGCGAGAAUAAGGCCAGGGGACACCCAAACCCCCCACAAGAUGGUCGGUGGAGUUACGUUGGUAGGAGGCAAUGGGUCAGAGUUGACGAGACUUCCUGGAGGUGCUGAGUUGAAUAUUCUACCUGCUAAUGGAGUCUUUCGAUCUGUCAAGACACAGCCGUUGGCGGUACAAGGAGGAUUAACACUGAGCCACGCUGGAGUCUCCCUCCAAACAUCCGCUGGCAAGUCAAUGAUGCAGAGUUCACCGUCCACAGAGAGCAUAGCCCACAUUGUUGGCCAGCAUACAACCCUCUCAGGUCUGACACCAAUAGUAACUCCAAUGACAGUUGUAUCCCAGGGUAAUCAAGUAACAGCCCACAUUCUCGCCCCCUCGAAUCUUGCUGGAAAAAUGAUAACAACACCGAUACUGAAAUCCGUGGGUCAAGUGCCACUUGUCAAUGCCCAGUAUCUCAAUACGACGACCCUUGUGAAGCCAGUUGUCGUUGUAAGUUCAUCAUCAAAUUCAACACCAUCAACAAUAGCUUCCAGUACCCAGCCUUCCGUCACAUCGCAUUCCAACGUCUGACAAAAUCACAGGACAACAAAGUUCGUUUGAGAUUCGCUUUGGGCAUUUUUUUCGUAUAAUUUCAAUGUUUGUGAUACAUCGAGGGGCUCUUGAUGAUUUUUAAGAGUUUAACAAGACAUAUUCGAGUUCGGGAGAUUUAAUAUCCGUCUUUGCUAUUGAAAAUUGAAGACCUGCAGAUUAAAAAAACAUUUUACAAUGACAUUUAUUUUAAAUAGCUCUUGAACUGUCCUAGAUUUCGUUGUCGAAUUAUUGACAAAUUAUUGAGGAACAAAUUUAAUCAUUUGUGAUCAAUGAAAGAUCAUAAAGAAUUUUAAAAAGAAUAUACAUAACUUAUAAUGCAAUUAAAAAGCAGUUUGUGAUGACAUUGAUUUGAAAUUUGCAUUCGAUUUUUUUUUGUAGAUUUUGUUUUCAAGUCACUAACAAAUUAAUAAAAUUAAAAACAAUUUCGAGAGGAAUUGUACGUAACACAAUUGAAAUAAUGAAUAACCGAUGCCACUUGAGCGUAAUGCUAUCAUUGACUUUUCAUAAUUAUCUUGAGGGAGGAGAAGAUGAGGAAAGUUGUGCUGACAUACUGAUUUUUAUUAUUUUGUUAAAUUAUCAAUUUCGCCAGAUACGUCCGACAGAAAAUGCCGUCACUCGGAGAAUUAGUUGUUCCUUUUCUGUGUGAAUUUGUUCGAAGAAAAAAAAUAUAGCAUUGAUAAUCUAAUUUGUUUGUAAAAUAAUGUGAGGACUGCUGUUAAUUAUUGGAGACCAAAGGGACAAAACAAUUGAAAGCAGGUGAAAUUCUGAUCUCUCUCGCUAAAUUGCUGUUAUUCAAAUCAGGCUGUCACAAAUUUGAAGGCGUGUGAAGGCUUUUCUCCAUGAGAAAUCCCAAAUGUUCGAUAAUUAAUCUUCGUGAAGCUGUCCCAUUGAGACCGCGUAAAGGAGAGGACGAUGAAUCUAAAGUUUAAGAGAUAAUUUUUUUUAGUAGAUGGGACACGAUAGGAUUGAUAAUUUAUUUAGUUUCAUCCCAAAAUCGCCAAAAUUAUGAAAUUAGGGUUUUCGUAUUAUUUAAUAAAUUGUCUGUAUGAGACUGAAAAAUUAUCAGCUUUGGGUGGGAGGUAGCGGGCACUGAGACUGUGAUUUGGACAUUUUUUUUUUUAAUAAUCAUCGUGUGUCCUUACAAUAUUUGAGCCGAGUGUAGGAGUUAAAAUGGAGUAUUUCGUAUAUUAAAGAUCGAUUAGACAAGUAAACACCGACGAGGUGAGUGUGAAAAAAUAAUUUACUUUCCGGGCGCGAUUUAUCUUACUACUUACAAUAUAACAACUCACAAAUCAGCCAAAUAGGCCAUAAAGAAUUGCUUUUGUUCAUUAAUAACUCCAUUUUAAUUAUCUGGAGACGAUCUUUAACGUACAAGAUACACGUGAUCCCCCUCCCCCCCCUGAUUCUUUAAAGGUGAAUUUUCAUUGCGCUCUGCGAAAACUUUGGCUUUGUCCAAUGGUAUCGAAAUGUACUAUUAAUUCACACAUUCGAAAAACGCUUAACUAUCAGUUUGGCAACUUGAAUUCGAGUGUGAAAAAAAAAUCCAGUGAUAAUUGUCACGCUCAAGAGUGUGACUCCUCGACCGAUGACGGCCUCGAGUUAAUUUCCUCAAAAAAAAAAAUUGAAAAAUCUUUGUAAGAUAGUAUUAACAUUUACACCCAUAUAAUUUUUUUUAAUGUAAAUUAUUUAAUCGGUGGCACGAAUGUUUGGUUGAAUGAACACUGAAUGAGGAAAACUCCAAUGAAACUAAUUUCCCAUGUCUUAAUUUCUCUUGUUAGUCGAACGUUUGGGUGGGUGAUCGUUGCAGAUUGAACCUUAAGAAUAAACUAAAUUUUUAACAUGUCUUUUAUAAAAAAAACAAUUGGGUAGAGCAGAAUCAAUGUCGCUUUUUAAGGAUAAUCUAUCGUUUAUCACAAUAAAUCUCCCCAGAUGAAUCAAUGUUAAUCGAACGAUUGUUCGUUCGUGUAGUAAAUAGUUGAAUGAACAUAUAUGUUACAUAAUUAUACAAAAAGAGGAAGAUGAAAACGUAUCGAAAGGCACAUUGCAUGGAAUAUCUGUCGUAUUACAAAUAAAAAUAACAGGAGAAAAUAUGAAAAACUAGCUCCAGGAGGUGUUAUUCUUGUGCGUGAGAGAGAGAGAAAGAAAAAAAAAGUAUCGUUUAUGCGUACGAAAAAAAUGUGAUAAAAAAAGAAAUAAUUAAUGAAGUUAAUUAACAUUUUUAGACUAAGAUUCUAAAAAAAAAAUAAUAUGAAAUAAAGUAAAUGUUGAUUAGAGAAUUUACAGCUAACUUUCUCUACUAACAUCUCACCAAUUACGAGAAUUACACAAUUGUAAAUAGUAAAGAGAUCGUAAUGUUGAUGAGAUGUUGAAUGAUUGUAUGAAAUGCUCAAUUAACUGGCAGUACAUUUGGAUUGUAACUUUCCUCAUUGGGUGUCAUGUCACUUAGGACUGACGUUCGGUUAAGUGUCUUAUACAGAUUUUCAGUUUGGAAUUAUCUUCAAUCGUGGAAUUUUUUCCCGAGUAUAACCAAUUUGUCACAUUUUUCGAUCAUCUUUUUUUGGUUUAUUUAUUCGAGCGCUUAAUCAAACUCAAUUGGCACAGCAGCACGCUUGGUGCAUUGAAUAUGUGAAUAGAACUAACAAGCAUGUUCUUCGAUAAAUAUUCUCAUGAGAAACUUCUUCGAGACCCCGAGUAAUUGACAAAUUGUAUGAGUUCACUACGAACGAACUGAUUACUAAUUUUUUUUUCUAUGAAUACAUGAAUGUUCUGAAGGUGAAGAGAGAAAAAACAAUGGAUGAUAUUGUUUUCAGUAAGCAGAAUAAAGUACGUGUGAAAAAUGGAAAAUUUAGAUUGAAAAUAUUGAGAUAAUGGAUUUAAUGUUAAUGGACUUUAACUGUACAUUAACUCUGUAUAUUUCUUGUAAAUAGAUAAUUUAAUGGUAUCGAAUUAAUUUACUAUAUGUCUAUGUAUUAAUUUUAUUGAUUACAGUGAGUGGAUUUACGUUUCCUUGUAAAUAAUAAGUUGAAACGAGUCGUCUUGCUGUAAUAAAAAAAUCAUUACAACAAACUUUUAA